AGCGCUCGCCGUCCUGCGUCGGGAGCCCGCAGAGCUUUGUGUGCGGCGCCGGCUCCCGCAUCGCGUCGCCGCGCAGCGCCCCGCGCCCUCCCCCCCCCGUGUUCCAGGGGCUUAAGGCGCCUUAUUUAAGGUGGACUAGUGCUUAAGGUGGAAGUCGGUUAUUUUUGGACGGGGGACUCGGCUGGGGGCGCGCAGGGAGCUCCCUCAAAGGAUGGGGCAGGAGGCCUGUUAGCCAGGGAGCCGGCUCCUUCCCUGCUGAGGAUGCCCGCGUCCCGCCCGUCCUCCAGGAAAAGGCAAGCGGAGCGGCUGGGAGCCUCCUGCCAGAUGUGCGCCGCCCGCCAGAUGCGGAGCAGGCAGCUGUUCCAGCGGGGCGCCAGCUCCUGAUCCGGCUCCAGGAGGGGGGGGCCGGGGUCUCCUUUGCGCCUGCCCCCCUACCCCUGCUGCGGGCCGCAUCCUGCCGCCCACCCAGGACGCUUCGCUGCCCGCGCCGCGCCCAGCCAUGGAGACCGUGGGCAAGUUUGAGUUCAGCAGGAAGGACCUGGUGGGGCACGGCGCCUUCGCCGUGGUCUUCAAAGGCCGGCACAAGGAGAAGCCUGAGGUGGAAGUAGCCGUGAAAUGUAUUAACAAGAAAAACCUUGCAAAGUCGCAAACUCUGUUGGGGAAGGAAAUCAAAAUCCUUAAGGAGCUGAAACAUGAAAACAUCGUUGCCUUGUAUGACUUUCAGGAACUGGCAAACUCUGUCUAUUUGGUUAUGGAGUACUGCAAUGGUGGGGACCUGGCUGACUACCUGCACACUAUGCGGACGCUGAGCGAAGACACCAUCAGACUCUUUCUCCAGCAGAUAGCAGGUGCCAUGAAAAUGCUACACAGCAAAGGUAUCAUCCACCGGGACCUGAAGCCGCAGAAUAUUCUCCUUUCUUAUGCUGGAGGCAGGAAGUCAAAUCCAAACAACAUUCGCAUAAAGAUCGCUGACUUUGGAUUUGCCCGAUACCUGCAAAAUAACAUGAUGGCAGCAACUUUGUGUGGCUCACCUAUGUACAUGGCACCUGAAGUCAUUAUGUCUCAACACUAUGACGCCAAAGCUGACCUCUGGAGUAUAGGUACCAUCAUUUACCAGUGUCUGACGGGAAAGGCCCCCUUCCAGGCCAGCAGCCCUCAAGACCUUCGGCUCUUCUAUGAGAAAAACAAGAUGCUGAUGCCUAAUAUCCCCAGAGAGACAUCAAGCCACUUGAGGCAGCUGCUGCUGGGGCUUCUUCAGCGCAACCACAAAGACCGCAUGGACUUUGAUGAGUUUUUCCAUCACCCAUUCUUGGAUCCAAGUGCCUCAAUGAAAAAAUCUGCUUCUGUGCCAAUGCCUUCUUAUCCAAGCUCUGGCUCGGGCAGCUCCUCCAGCAGCUCCUCUACUUCCCACCUGGCCUCGCCUCCGCAGUCCCUUGGAGAGAUGCAGCAGCUGCAGGAGAAAGCUCUGGCGUCUCCUACCCAGGAUUCCCCUGGCUUUCUGCACGGAUCUAAGGACUCUGCUGGAAGCAGCAGCAAGAAUUCUUCCUGCGACACCGAUGAUUUUGUUAUGGUCCCAGCACAAUUCCCAAGUGAUAUAACUGCUGAGGCUGCUGGAGGGAAACCCAUCCAAGACAGCCUGAUGUACAGUGGGAGCUCCCUUGUGACUUCUGCAGGCUUGGAAAGUCAGGGAAGGACUCCGUCUCCUUCACCCCCCUACAGCAGUUCUCCCAGCCCAUCAGGCCGGCCAGGCCAGUAUUCCAGCAGCAAAUACGGGCAUUCGGUCCCCAUCCCAGUACCGACACAGGUCCACAACUACAGACGGAUUGAGCAAAACCUGCAGUCUCCCAAUCAGUACGCUUCCCCACGGUCUGGUGCAGUCCGCAGAGCCAGCAGUACGAGCCCUCUGGGUUUUCCCAAAACUGGUGCUUCCCCUCCUUUCGCUGGAGAGCAUGGAGCUGCGUCCACUCCCAGGAAGUUCUCCUUCAGCGGUGCCAAGCCUUACACACCAUCUCCACAAGUUGGAACAAUCCCAGAGCAGCCUGGACAGACUGUGAUCCCCUCCCCUCUUGGAGCAGAGAUGAGAAGCAGGAUCCCCAUGCCUGGUGCGUCCAUGCCCGAGCACUCUCCCCGAGGCAUGGGCUCCCGGCUGCACAGUGCCCCCAACCUGUCCGAUUUGCAUUCCUGCCGGCAGAAGAUUACUAAGCAGCACUCGGACCCUCUGGUGGCUCACUUUGGCCAUGUCCCAGUCAGCCAGCCCCUGCAGAUUCAUGGUUUGCAGCAUUGCCGGCAGUUGAGGUCCUCACCGAAGCUGUCUGAAUUUAUGCAGAGAAGCCCUUUACCAACUAUCAUGGGCUCCCCGACAAAGGCCAUGCCCCCUUUUGAGUUCUCCAAAACCCCGAGCUCCCAAAACCUCCUCACACUCCUGGCCCACCAGGGAGUCAUGGUAGCCCCGACACGGAACAAGACUCUGCCGGAUAUGAAGGAGAUGGGUCACUUCCACUGCCAGCAGACCGGCUUGGGCUUGAGACCUGUGGAAGAGAUUAAGGGCAGAUCUCUGAGUACCGGCAGGCUCACUGACCUACUUCUCAAGGCUGCCUUCGGGGCACAGAUCUCAGAAGCUGGCAGCAAUGACAGCCUGAACAAUGAGAAACCCAUGGAGAUAACAGCUCCCUCUGGUGCUUGCGGAGGAAACCUGUACUCUGGUGCUAGGGCUAUGGGCUCUGUCAGCCCAUCACCGGUGAUCUUCACUGUUGGGUCCCCUCCAAGUGGGACAACACCACCGCAAACCACUAGGACCAGGAUGUUUUCAGUGGGCUCUUCCAGCUCUCUCAGCUCUGGAGGCUCAUGCAGCGGUAGACACGUGAUCAUGGGAGCUGGUGGGGAAGCUUUGGAAGCACCGUCUAGUCUGCGGUACACUUUUGCUGAUCCCAUCACGGCUAACCUGGAAGGGGCGGUUACAUUCGAGGCCCCGGAGCUGCCCGAGGAGACGCUCAUGGAGCAAGAGCACACAGACAUCCUGCGCAGCCUGCGCUUCACGCUGGCCUUUGUCCACUAUGUGAUGGAAAUCGCUGCGCUCAAAGGCAGCACCAGCGAGAUGAGCAGCUCGGUGGCUUCCGAGUACCAGCUGCAGGAGAGCGUGGUAGCAGACCAGAUCAGCCUUCUCAGCAGGGAGUGGAGCUAUGCAGAGCAGCUGGUGCUCUACCUGAAAGUAGCAGAACUGCUGUCCUCUGGCCUGCAGACAGCCAUUGAGCAGAUCAAGGCAGGCAAGCUGUGCCUCUCAUCCACUGUUAAGCAAGUUGUGAGGAAGCUGAACGAGCUGUAUAAAUCUAGCGUGUCCUCCUGUCAUUGCCUGAACAUGAGACUCCAGAGGUUCUUCUUGGAUAAACAGAAGCUCAUGGAUCGAAUCAACAGCAUCACAGCAGAGAAGCUCAUCUUCAGCUACGCCGUGCAGAUGGUGCAGUCUGCAGCCCUGGAUGAGAUGUUUCAUCACAGAGAGGAUUGCGCGCAGAGGUAUCACAAGGCUCUGCUGCUGAUGGAGGGGCUCCUGAACAUCAUCACUGAGCAGGGGGACAUCGAAAACAUUAAUAAAUGUAAAUCGUGUAUUGAACGCAGACUAUCUGCUCUGUUAUCGGGGAUCUGCGCCUGAUUUCAACCCAGCUGCUCUCAACGCUCCUCACCCCAGCUGUUCACAUUCACGUUCCGCUCGUUUGCUGCAGCAGUGGAGAAAGACCUUGGCUGUGGAAGACAAAUUGCUUGAUCCUCUUCUGUGUUGUUUUCAGGAAGGUUUUUCCCCAGACAGGAUUUGGAUUCCCUCUUCGGGAAUUACAGCAGCAUUAAGCGCAAACCGUUCCCCAACAAAGACUGGGUGAAGAUGUAGCAGAGACAUAUUGGGAGGGAUUUCCCCUCGCAUGGUGGAGGGGAACAAGGAUAAAAUUCCCCUUCUCCCUGCACUUUGAAGGACGAUGCUGCUGACUACCCUUCCCACUCAGAGCUGGGGUGUUCUUGUGCUUCUCCAUUGCCGGCAGUGGAGGCACCCAAACCGCUAGCGCUGGGAAAUUUUGAAGGUGGGAUUCUUAAGCUAACUGAGGAGAAAUCAAGGCCAGUUGCAUACCUUCCCCGCCCCUGCUGGAAGCCAGGCAUUAAGAGCUUUCUGGUGAUCCGAAGCUCCUCUCUUUUUUUUUUUUUUCCUCCCCGUCCAAGCCUUUUCCCCAUGCUCUUCCUUGUGUACUGUUUCUGCCUCUGAGCAUUACCAUAUGGUGGAGUCCCAAAAUGCAGGGAAGCUGGGUCCUUCCCCCCCGAGUGUUGCUGAGGCAGCUCCAGCCUUCUUACAGACUUCCUGAGCAGUGCUGGAAACGUGUCGCUCACGGGGAAGCUCGCCUGAGCCAAGCAUGAGUGGGGACCUCGCUUCCCCCACCUUGAUGGGGCACAAUACAGGAAAAGGAACUUAGCUAUAAAGUUGAGGGGGAAAUGAUCCAAGUAUAACAUUCCUGCGUUGAAAGGAAGCCAAAAUCUUUCCUCCUCCCCAGUGAGGUCAAUAGCUCGGACUCUGGGCUGUUCAGCUUGGCACAUCAGUACAUAUCUAAUGUAAGGAGGCGCUAUGUUUAGUUGUUGGGUUAGCAACCCUCCGCUCUGCCCUUCCUUCCAUCCCCUUCCCCUGAGAAACACUAGCUUUGUGAAUCAAAGGAGCACUUUACACACUAUGGAAACUUUGAGAAGUUGACUUUGCAUCAUGCGAUGAUCCAGGAACAUCACGACUGUUAGGAAUGCUGUUCUUUUAUUCCUUUCCUCGUUUCCUGGUUGUUUUUAUUGCACUACGUGUGUGUGUAUAUAUUGAUAUGUAUUCCCAGGGGCGAAUAUAUAUUGAUAUAUAUUGUGUGUGUCAUUGGAUGUAUUUAACUGUACUGUAUCUUGCGCAUGGGAGGCAAACAGCAUCACCGCGUCCAUGUGCUGUUUCUCCUCCGUGCCAAGCAAAACUGACUUGGAAACCUGUAGUACCAAGAGUUUCGUUUUGAGGUUGGUUGGUGGUGGUGGUUGGUUUUUUUUUAUUAUUUUUUAUUUAAGUGUUCUCUUAAGGACAGUCAGUAUAAAGCUCCAGGCUUUUGAAGAGCUCAAGAACAGAUUGAGGUCUUUACACACUUACAACUGAAAAUGCUUCUUUUUUUUUAAGUUUUUAUUUGCUGCUUCGUUUUUAUAAAGAGCUCUGUUAGUGUUCUGUUGUAUGUUCGGCAAUUCUUUUUAAGAGACUGUGUAGCCAAAACAAGGCUGUGCGUGUGAGUGGUUGAAGUCCCAUUUGAGGCUUGGAUGCAUGUGAGGAAAUACCUGGGUGUUGCCUUGUCGAUUGGGUUGUGUGCGCGCGCAUAUCUUUUUAAUUUAUCAGAGUUGUGGCAGUAUUUUGUUAGCGCUGGGCAGAAAAGGAGUCUCAGUGGAUGAAGCACGAAUCUGGGGUGCGUAGAUUUGGAGGGUGGGAAUAAGAUCAUAAUUGGCACACGCAGUGGAGGAAUCCUUGUUACUCUCUCCGUAACUUUUUUUGCACAUUUUUUGUGUGAAUACUCUUUUUGGGGGGGGGAACAAAGCUACAAGGAACAACCCUCUUGACUUGUGGGCUGGCUUCUUCAAUAGCAGGGUGCUACCGGUGGUGCAAUGGAAAUGCUGAUCAGUCCAUAGAUGCUCUAAUCCCACAGGGAGUUGGAGCUUGCGGUAGGUAGCUUACACCAGUGCUUCAUUUUUUGGCUGCUGCAUCAUUUCCUGCACAGCCCACUUCUGCUGUGGCUGUGUACGACUCAAAUCAAAACGAACCUGCGGCUGGAGAUGGUGAAAGGAGAAGCAGACUGCUUUGGAAAGGAGCACCACCAGUUCCACAAGGGGCCAUGAUGCAAGUGUAAACCUGGAUACAGCAUGGAAACAGGAAGCCGGGACAAACCUGAAGUAGAUCAUAGAUGCCUACUAGUCGCCUCCAUGGACACCCCACACACAAUAGCUUAUUGCCAAGAAUCAGUCACUUGCAUCUCAAGAUUCGUGUUUAUGUCGCAGGUUUAAUGAUCUGUGUACGUGGCAGGCUCAGCGCUAACCUUCCAGCUGUACGUAAUUACUUGAAUGUAUCAAAUUGUCCACAUGCAAUAUAUAUAUUGCUCCAAAAAAUUGUGGUUUACAGACCUUCAACCAAUAUAUAUUUUCUCAAUACUUGAAACUUAGCCACUGGGCUUGGAUUUAGAGAAGAGAGAAGAAGAAAAAAAAGGAUGAAAACAAGAAAAAAGAAAGCAACAAAAAAAAACAGAAAAAUGAAAAGAAAUAACCUGACAGAUAAUUUCUUUUGCCAUCACUUUGGUGAUUUUUAUUUUUUACCUAACUGCAUGUAGCGUGAAACCAACUUUUUUUUGGUGGGAAUAAGUAUUUAUUGCUUUGUAGACAAUAAGGAAUGCAAAA